UGAUAUGUUUUUCAAUGGUUUGUUUCUGGUUGGCUUGGCUUGGGGUACAAGGGUACUUGAAAAUGCUUCGUGUGCAUUACUGAGUGCAUCCAUUAAGUUUCAUGCUGUUAACUGGAUGUAUGCACGAAUGUUUCUGUGUUGGUGAAAAGGUGAACGUGAAAUGUUUAGUGUGUUUGCUGUGUAAGAGCGGACGGUUACAGGGCAAUUAAAACCAGUGUGAAGCGAAGCGAGAGGUUUUCUCGCAUCAGCAUCAGAGUCUGAUUGAACACGCAUCAUACGAAGCAUAAACCUUGGCUUGGCAGUCGAUCGCGCCCGCCUGUUGAAGCAGCAUGAGUUAUCAGAUGCCGCAAAACAGAUCAAUGUCUCAUAACCCGUACAAUUCGUCGGACAUGCCGAUGCCCUCAGCAAAGGAGCAAACACUGAUGUGGCAGCAAAACUCGUACCUCGGCGACUCCGGCAUCCAUUCUGGUGCCGUUACCCAGGUGCCGUCGCUUAGCGGUAAGGAUGACGACAUGGAGGACGAUCCGCUGAUGUUCGACAUGGACCAGGGUUUCUCGCAGAAUUUUACGCAGGACCAGGUCGAUGAUAUGAAUCAGCAACUGAGUCAGACGCGCUCACAGCGCGUCCGAGCUGCGAUGUUCCCGGAGACACUCGAGGAAGGCAUCGAGAUUCCGUCGACACAGUUCGACCCGCAGCAGCCCACCGCGGUGCAGCGGCUGGCCGAACCGUCCCAGAUGCUGAAGCACGCGGUCGUCAACCUGAUUAACUAUCAGGACGAUGCGGAUCUGGCGACCAGAGCCAUCCCCGAACUGAUCAAGCUGCUGAACGACGAGGACCAGGUGGUGGUUUCGCAGGCCGCCAUGAUGGUGCACCAACUGUCCAAAAAGGAAGCGUCCCGGCAUGCGAUAAUGAACAGUCCGCAGAUGGUGGCCGCUCUCGUCCGCGCGCUCUCCAACUCGAACGAUCUCGAGACAACCAAAGGUGCGGUCGGCACACUGCACAACUUGUCGCACCAUCGCCAGGGUCUGCUCGCGAUCUUCAAGUCGGGUGGAAUACCGGCACUGGUAAAGCUGUUGUCUUCGCCGGUCGAGUCGGUGUUGUUCUACGCAAUCACCACGCUGCACAACCUGCUGCUGCACCAGGAUGGCAGCAAGAUGGCGGUCCGUCUGGCUGGCGGACUGCAGAAGAUGGUUGCCCUGCUCCAGCGCAACAACGUCAAGUUUCUUGCCAUCGUGACGGACUGUCUACAGAUUCUGGCAUACGGCAACCAAGAGAGCAAGCUGAUCAUACUCGCGUCGACAGGUCCGAGCGAAUUGGUACGCAUCAUGCGCUCGUACGACUACGAGAAGCUGCUGUGGACGACGUCCCGCGUUCUGAAGGUGUUGUCGGUAUGCUCGAGCAACAAACCGGCCAUCGUGGAGGCAGGCGGCAUGCAGGCACUCGCAAUGCACCUGGGCAAUCCGUCCCAGCGCCUGGUCCAAAACUGUCUCUGGACGCUGCGCAAUCUAUCCGACGCGGCCACUAAGGUCGACGGACUGGAGACGCUGCUGUCAGGGUUGGUGACUGUCCUCGGUUCGUCCGACGUCAACGUGGUCACCUGUGCCGCCGGUAUCCUGUCGAACCUGACGUGUAACAAUCAACGCAACAAGGUAACCGUUUGCCAGGUGGGCGGUGUCGAGGCACUCGUCGGCACGAUCAUCAACGCCGGCGACCGGGAAGAAAUUACCGAGCCGGCCGUGUGUGCUCUGCGCCACUUGACUUCGCGUCAUCCGGAGUCCGAGUCGGCACAGAACGUUGUACGCAACGGCUACGGGCUGCCGGUGAUCGUAAAGCUGCUCAAUCCCCCGUCCCGCUGGCCGCUCAUUAAGGCGGUCAUCGGGCUGAUCCGCAAUCUAGCCCUUUGUCCGGCAAAUGCGGCACCAUUGCGCGAACACGGAGCGAUUCAUCUGCUGGUGCGGCUGCUCUUCAAGGCGUUCCAAGAUACGCAACGGCAACGCUCAUCGGUUGCUUCGAAUGGAUCGCAGCCGCCGGGCGCGUACGCCGACGGUGUCCGCAUGGAGGAGAUCGUCGAGGGUACGGUCGGUGCACUUCACAUUCUCGCCAAGGAGGAGUAUAACCGACAGGUCAUCCGCUCGCAGAACGUUAUUCCGAUCUUCGUCCAGUUGCUGUUCUACAACGACAUCGAAAACAUUCAGCGUGUGGCCGCUGGUGUACUUUGCGAGCUGGCUGUCGACAAGGAGGUGGCCGAAAUGAUCGAGGCUGAGGGAGCUACUGCACCGCUUACCGAGUUGCUCAACUCGGCAAAUGAAGGUGUCGCCACAUACGCCGCAGCCGUACUGUUCAAGAUGAGCGAGGACAAGUCGAUGGAUUACAAGAAGCGCUUCUCCAGCGAGCUGACCACCUUGCCCGUGUUUCGCGACGACAGCAUGUGGAACAACGGCGAACUCGGUAUUGGACCGGACCUGCAGGACAUCCUGUCCCCCGAGCAGGCAUACGAAGGUCUAUACGGACAAGGGCCGGCGAGCGUACACAGCUCGCACGGUGGCCGUGCGUUCCAGCAAGGAUACGACACCCUUCCAAUAGACUCAAUGCAAGGUCUGGAGAUUGGAGGAGGCGGUGGUAGCAGCAACGGUGGUGCGAUUGGUAACGGCGGCAUGGGCGGCCAGCAGCAGCAGUCUGGCGGUGGGCCCGGUUCGGUGGUGAUGGGUGGCGGCGGUGCUAGCGGCAUGUCCUCGUCCGGCCAGCCAACCUCACCGUACGGUAUGGACAUGGACGUCGGCGAAAUGGAAGCUAGCGAGCUGACGUUUGAUCAUCUGGACGUGAUGCCAUCACCGCCGCAGGACAACAACCAGGUUGCCGCCUGGUACGAUACCGAUCUCUAAAGGGCGGACAUACUUUAGCAUCGAUCAACUUUAGCAGCGGAUGUCGCACACACACAUCACAAUGCAAACAUGCAGGUAGAAUGUUCGAAAGAACGAAAGAACAGAGGAGGGCUAGGCGAUCUGCGAUCUAGGUGUAGGGCGCGUCUCUGCAAUAACACUUCCAUUGCAAACUGGGCUAUAUUUGGAUCAUUUUAUUUUACAAGUACUAACAUUUUUCUUUGCUCGAUAUAAGGCUAUACCGAAAAUUUACAUUACGCUCUUUCGCACGCCGCGGGUGUGUAGAGAAAAGCAUUAUUUUAUUUUUUGAUAACGAUUUUACAAUAUCUUUUAGCUAUUGAUAGCUAGUAAAGCAAACAUAUGGGCGGAUUUAAGAAAGCACUUAUUGUAAUCUUUUUCAUCCUUUUAAAAAUAUUUUGUGUGCAUCUAUGAACGUCUAAUCCUCUCAACUAUAUGCUGGAUAUUUUUUUAAUCAUCUAAGGCAGGUCAAUCUAACCCCAUCACAGGUAAACCUAGAAUACAUUGAAAUGUAUUUUUUGAGGUUUUGCUACAAAAUACAAUAGAACUUUAUAUAAAUUUGCUGGAAAUUGUGUAAGGAAUUAAUUUGAAGGAAAAAAAUAUAAUCGAAUUCAUGUAGCAAAAUUAUGGUACUCCCGUAUCUAUUAAAUUGAGACAAGUGUUAGGGAAAGUAUUCGAAUGGAAACCUAUGCAUACACAAACAAAACGAAUACAAUUAUCAUUAUGAAAGCAAACAAGAAAACGAAAAAUAUUAGUGCUUCCAAAAAAACGAAAACCAAGUUCAAUUCGUUUCAUCCUCUCCUUUUCUUUUUCUCUCCCUCUCUCUCUCUCUUUUUAUCUCAUGUAAUCCUUCUUUUCUUCCUCCUCUUCUUCUCUCCCGUUUUCAUCUAAAAAGAAGCAAUGCUUUCAAUGCCAGCAAUUUUAUUUUACUUAUAAUUUAAAUACUAAAAAUAUUUACAUCCCAUUUUCUUCUAUAUUACAAUAAUAUAUAAAUAUAUGAUUAUCGCUAAUUGAUAAGUUUUACGAACAAUGUGCGGACACAAUCAGUCACACCCUCUUUCUAUCUUUCGUCACAUAUUUGUACAAUUUUGCACAAUUUGUUCAAUAUGUUCCGGGUAUCAUUUAUCAGAUGCAUUUGUCAUAAACUCUCUGCCGUUACCCCGCUCUAUGGGAUAUCUAACGCGUCAGAAGUCGUAAAAUGGUGGCAUGACGAUGUCAUGGAAUUUUGACGAAAAGUUCUUUAACGAGUUUUUUAACGAAUUUAAUUGUUGGGCUUAACCGAAGAAAAGCUUUGACAAAUUUCAAGGUUCUAUUCAAAACAUGUCAUAAUGAACAGGAAGAACUAGAAUAGAAGAAAGUUGUGGACGACGUGUUCUAUACGAAGUUGAUUCACUCUUUAUUAACAUAUUUCAUGUUAAAUCAUAUUUCAAAAGAAUAACAAAUCAUAUUUCAAAAGAAAAAAACAAUUCUUUUAUUUGAAAAAUAACUCAGUACAAUUCAUUUUCUCCGUCGCCUUCCAAUUCAGGGGUUUCUAUAGGAAAUGAUUAAAAAAAAGGAUAAAGAUUGUGAAAAGGACGACGGAUCGCAAUUCUAAGGGUACAACACUUAAACGUAUCCUCACCAAUGCGGUGAGUUAUCCCUUCCAUUGUUUUUUUUUUCUUUUUUAUUAUAAUUCACCUCUCCUCACUCGUUUGACUCAUGAACAAAAACUUAGUAAAAAUAUUGGCUGGUAAUUUAUUUCUUAAUGAGGAGCAAAAAUAUCUAUAACAGUUCGUUCCAUCGAUUUAUUUAAAGAAAGAUUAUUCACAUGAAAAUGGAUUGAAGAAAAGAAAUAAGGGCAAGAUUUGCUGCAAUAGAAAAACUCGAGCGGGAUGAGCGAAUAUGGAAAGAUAUCCGGUUAACAGAAUAGAAAAGGACAAAUCCAUACAUUUAAUAAAACGGAAGUCGAGUAGAGCUAUUUCAUAAAAGGAAAUGAUGAAGCAACCCAGAGAAAAAUGUAUUUGUUGCAAACUUAUGGAACGCAAGGAUAGAAGAAGUAAACAGACCUAAACGCACCUUCCCAUACACACAUCCAUAGAGGAGAAAUGGUACGAAGUUAUUAUAGCAAGUAACUUUUUAGCGGUAUAAUCAAUGUUUUAUCAUUCAUCUGAUCAUGAUCCCAAGAUAUAAUAAACAAACAAACAAGAAGAAAAUAAACAAGCAAGGAA